UUAAUGUUGUCAGUAUUUGGACUCUCUUCGAAAAAAAAUCAGAUAAUGCAUUUAAUUGAUCCAGACUCCUUGUACAAGAUUAUAUUAGAAGAAUCUAUCGUAAGUAUUUGCAAAUUGAGUGCAGAGUGUGAAAGUAUAGGGACGAUUUUUUUAUUCUGUAUGGCAAAGAUGGAACUGAAUCUGUAUCUGCAUAACCAGAGUACAUGUUUUGCUAUUGGACACAUUUAAAAUCAGGCGUAAACCUGAAGAACAUGGCACUCAAAUUGAGUAAGAUUCACAUGUCUAGAAACCCCCUGACAAGAGGCUAAUUAAGAAGGAUGAGUACCAUUACAACAGCAUGUAGGAGUUCUACCAGAAACAGGUCAACAGCUCAGUGAGCGUGCGGUGCUGCUGCUGCAACCCGGUAAAACAAAAACCAGUAUUACAUAAUUAAUGUAAAGAAACAGUCGUCCAUUAUCUUUUCUCGGGUCUUGCUUCCUCCUCUACCAUUCUGGCAAUUGGAAGACGUAAAAAAAUCUUCAAGUCGUGCAUUACUUUUAUAAUUGUUGUGUUUUUGUUUGAUAUUUUAUUGAGGCAAAAGACAUGUCUUGUGUUUAUCUAAUAUAAACUGUGAACAUCGUGAUAUUCAUACCUUGCGGUAAGAUUUUUUGGCGGGGUUGGAAACUGUAAUUACAAUAUAUGGACUAAGUAUAUGUCUGUUCGUACAUCAGUGUUUUCAUAUGCAUCUAGUAAGUUAUUAAGGUGUGAACACACUGCUGGGCUGGGCAAAUACCGCAGACCAAACACACUUAAACUCUGGACAGCGAGCUCCCUGCAGUCUGACAACAGCUGACUGAGUUAUGCUUAAUGUCUGUGAGUCUGUCUGCCAGUGCACCUGCCUGCCUGCCGGCCUCCUGCCUGUCUCUCUGGCCCCAGCUGUCUGCAGCGUGCCGUCAAUAUGAAGUCAUUGUUUGUACACACUCGCAGCACAUGCCGAUGCAGAACUAAUCUGUCGUUCAGAGUCAACAGUUUGCUGAGUGGAAGGAUAUCCACUCUCCGGGAUGAAACUGGAGCUAUAUUUAUUGACAGAGACCCCACAGCUUUUGCACCAAUUUUGAAUUUCCUCCGAACCAAAGAGUUGGACCUGCGGGGCGUGAACAUCAGCAUCCUGCGACAUGAAGCCGAGUUUUACGGGAUCACUCCUUUAGUGCGCCGCCUGCUGCUGUGUGAGGAGCUGGACCGCUCAUCGUGUGGAAGCGUUCUCUUCCACGGUUACCUGCCUCCCCCAGCCAUCCCUUCCCGUAAACCGAGCCCCGCCUCCGCAGCCUCCGGCCCCCCCUCUGACGAGGGGCCGGGCCCAAGUGGAGCAGAGGGCUUCACCCGCGUCGGCCCCCUCCCUCACCCGUCCCUGUCUGGCUCACCUGGAACAGACGACAACCACAAACUGGGUCCUGUGGUUGACCCCAGGAAGGUGCUGAUCAUAGCCGGACACCACAACUGGAUUGUCGCAGCGUACGCACACUUUGUCAUCUGCUACAGGAUAAAGGAAUCUUCUGGAUGGCAGCAGGUGUUUUCCUCCCCCUAUCUCGACAGGACCCUUGAACGCAUCGCGCUGAACGCCAAGGUGGUCGGUGGGCCGCACGGAGACAAGGACAAGAUGGUGGCCGCCUCCUCUGAGAGCAGCAUCAUCCUGUGGAGCAUCCACGACGGAGGCAGUGGAAACGAGAUCGGUGUCUUCAGUCUGGGUGUACCUGUGGACGAUCUAUUCUUUAUCGGGAACCAGCUGGUGGCCACGAGCCACACAGGAAAGGUCGGAGUGUGGAAUGCCGUCACACAGCACUGGCAGGUUCAAGAUGUGGUUCCCAUUAGCAGUUGUGACACAGCAGGAUCCUUUCUACUCCUGGGCUGCAACAACGGCUCCAUCUACUACAUAGACAUGCAGAAGUUCCCCUUGAGGAUGAAGGAUAACGAUCUUCUAGUGACCGAGCUUUAUCACGACCCUUCAAAUGAUGCAAUCACUGCGCUGUCAGUCUACCUCACGCCCAAAACCAGUGUGAGUGGUAACUGGAUAGAGAUCGCCUAUGGGACGAGCAGCGGUGCGGUGAGAGUGAUUGUGCAACACCCGGAGACGGUGGGCUCGGGCCCGCAGCUCUUCCAGACGUUCACGGUGCACAGGAGCCCCGUGACAAAGAUCAUGCUGUCUGAGAAACAUCUGGUGUCGGUGUGUGCGGACAACAACCACGUUCGGACGUGGACGGUGACUCGGUUCAGAGGGAUGAUCUCCACCCAGCCCGGCUCCACCCCUCUGGCUUCCUUCAAAAUACUGUCGCUGGAGGAGACGGAGAGCCACGGCAGCUACUGCUCCGGGAACGACAUCGGUCCAUUUGGUGACAGAGACGAUCAGCAGGUUUUCAUCCAGAAGGUGAUCCCCAUCACCAACAAGCUGUUCGUACGGCUCUCAUCGACUGGAAAGAGGAUCUGUGAGGUGCAGUCGGUGGAUGUGACCACCAUCUCUUGCUUCAUGGUGCGGGAGUGUGAGGGUUCGAGCCGGAUGGGGUCGCGACCUCGGCGCUAUCUGUUCACCGGUCACGGCAACGGCAGCAUCCAAAUGUGGGACCUGACCACUGCGAUGGACACCGCUAACAAAGGAGAGGAGAGGAAGAGAGAGGAGGUGGGGGGGCCGUCGGAGGAGGAGCUACUGCAGCUGUUGGACCAGUGCGAUCUGAGCACCUCCCGCUGUGCUACCCCGAGUAUUAGCCCCGCCCCCUCCGUGCUGCACCACACACGCCUCAGAGAGUCCUGCUCAAGUCUUCAGCUGCAGGCCCAGGAGCCCAUCUGUGAGAGCCAGGCUACUUACGGGGCCGUGCGGCCCUACAGAGAGAGCCCCCUGCUGGCCCGCGCUCGACGGACAGAGUCCUUCCACAGCUACAGAGACUUCCAGAACUUCAGCCUGAGUCGCGGCGUCCUGGACAGCGCCGGUCAGCACGGCGCGCCGGGCCCCGCCCCCGACGUCCGCCGCUCGCUGUGUGACUUUGGGCCCGAGGACAGCGAGCGGCGGGCCACGGCGAUGGAGUUCUGGGCUUGCCGCACGGCCAGCUCCAGCUCCAACACGAUAAUGGGAGCCAUGGCGACCGCCGCCGGCGUCGCCGGCUCGAGGACGGAAAGCGGCCACGAGUCGCCGCGACCGGCUCCCGACAGCCCGAUUCCCGGAGGCGACGUCCGGCGGAAGGCGCACCCACAGCCGGAGGACGGAGACGGGUCAGGGGGAGAAGGAGUGAAGAAGAGGGGAGUUCUAGAAGGAGGCUUCCUGGGGAGGAAGAGGGCUCCCCCAGUGCCCCACCUCUCCUCCGUUCCCUCUGGAUCUGAAGGCGGCGACAGCGACUCCUCGGCCGCCGCCUCCCCCUCCCCCACCAAACCGUCUUCGUCCACCUCGCCGCGACACAGGAAGCUGGCCCCCGACUCGUCCAAUCAGGACAGCAGCCUGUGACCCCGCCCCUUUCCUUUGCUCCCAGUCAGAGGAAUCAUCCUGUAGGAACAUGUGGGGGGAGGAGCUCUGGGUGCCACAGCAGAGGAGCAGCGUGGUCCAUGACGUAGCUGGACGAAGGACCUUCCGGUUUUAGGUCUCCUUCGGUCCCGAUGCUGAAAAAAAAACUUAAUUUAAACAACGAUGCACCUUUUUUAAUUUAAGUCCGUGGGUGUCAUACAUUUUUGAGUCCAGAAUAUAUCUGGCACGACAAACAGCACGCCAUCUCGACCAGGAGACGAUUUAAUUCUUGAUCUUUGAAAAGGAUUUAAAGUUGUAUCACUCGUAAAAUCCACUGGGUACAACUGGACCUCCGAGUAUUCCCAGUGUCUGUGUGACAGACGACGGGGGACAGUUUCUGUUUGGCUGAAGCGUGAUGAUGAAGCCGUGACGUGAAGCUGGUUUCAUGAACUCAUCAAGGUUCAAAUGGAAACGAAAGCCAGUCAUAGCAACACGGUUAUUCCGUGUAAGGAGCGGUUUAAUCUUCUGAGACCCUGAAACAGAGAAUGAUAUGGAAGCAAAAUGUAAUUUACAAAAGGCACAGUUUGUACUUUUAUAAAAUAUCUUCACGGUUUUAAUGACGUGCGGUCACAUAGGAAUCAGUUUGUGCAGAACCUGACGGAAAUCACUCGAGCUCUCACGCGUUCAUCUUUUAAAAACGAAGCCAACAGUUACUCUCAUUAUCAUAUCAUGAAAGCAUUCAUUUAAAAAAGUUUUUAAAACCCCAAAAAGAUGCAAAUCUCUACGUUUGAGAAUUUUUUUCUAUUUCGUGUCGAUUACAUUUUUUGGGGAUUCGACCAAACAAUAAACUGACUAAAUCAUUUCAGCAUUUGAAAAAGGAUUUGGCCCCCUUCCAAAAACUCAUAAUACAUAGUAGGCCUAUCUCUGACAACACGUGUUCUCUGUCGUCGCCGGACCCUUUGGCAGCUACUUGAACCCCGACGUGAGACGCAGACUUUCAUUUAUUGUUGAAGCGAUGACACGGGAAGUUCUAUGUGAGUGUGUCUCUACGUGGACUGCUGCCCCGCUGCUCCCACGCGAAGCUGAAGUGUGCGUCGCUUCUCUUCGUCAGUCACGUGACUUGUUCUGACAGGAAGCGGCAUCAGCGAUGGCAGCACGCACUGACCCUGGACCAGUUUUUAACGUUAUCAAAUCUGUGCUUCUACUGCUGUGACGAGCCAACACGUCGUCGUCAUCAUCAUCAUCAACGCGGCAAAUUCGAAGAUCAUUUUUUAAAUGUGCUGAAAGUUUAACAUUUUCAGGAAAGCUUUAUGUUUUUUUAAAUAAUCGUUUACGCUCGAUCCAUCGGAAAGAUCACGUCUUAACGGCGAUGGAGCAUCUAAUUCACAACAACGGAAGUGUUGUCGUGAUGUCAAUAGACAUUUACCGUAAUGUCUAAACCAAGAGAAAUGGUUCACUGUUCUCACACAGCGAGAAAAAGACAAACUAAGUCUGUUGUUUUCACAGCGGUGCCUGACCUCACUUUUAUUAUUUAUAUAUUUUAUUGUCGUUGCUGUGUCGCAGUAUCACGACACGAGGGCCGCGUGCACUACAUCGCUUUCCUCUCCGUUGGAAACCAUCUUUGCGUGUCGUGUUGAGUUUCUAGAUGACGGUUGCAGUGCCUUAUUUCACUGGUUUGACGGUUAUGAGUUUGUUUGUGUGUUUCUCGUUGAAAAGGAUUUUGACCAAAGGCUCGUGAAGACUGCGGCGCCACCGAGUCGUGAUGGAUGUACAUUCUAACGAGUGGGUCACUUGAAUCGAUGGGCAUUGCGCCGCAGAUUAAACUCUGUUUAUAUUGUAAAUUGUACAUAAUCUGGACGCGGAUGAAAACUGGAACAUUCAUCUUGGUUAUGAAAGAGUUGUGAAGGUCUAAAAGAGGAAAGCUGAGAAGUUGAACGGCAGCGACCUCAAUGAAGUCUUCACAUCCCCGCUGACUUAAGUCAUGCCGGCUCUCGCUCUUCGGUACUUUGUGUGUAAUCAUUGUCGGGACAACUGUAAAAAUGUGCAAAUAUAACUAUUGAUGUUAAUUAUAAUUUGCCACGUCCUGCAGCUCUAUAUCUCUGAAGUCGUUUGAGCACAUCGCUUAUCAUGAACUCCACAGGGGGUCCCGCCGUCUGUCAUAAGAUGUACAUUUUCAUACACUUAUCUACUGUCUGAAAAAUAUACGUAUUCAAAACAAAAUCCCAAAGCGGAUGCAUCGAUGUGUGUUAAUGUGCGUCCAUACUUACACUGUUGUCAUGACAUAGGCUACUGUUGAUAAUCAUGAAAUGCCUAUAUUGAUAUUACCAUGCUUUUGGACCUAACUGCAUUUGCACUUGCACAAUUAAUACUAAUAUUAUAAGUAAAUUGCUAGUGUUUAUUUUAUAUAUAUAUAUAUAUAUAUAUAAAUAUAAAAGUUGGAAGUGUAUUCCAGCUCAUAACUGUCUGUCUUCUGAAGACCUGUCUGUCCUGAGCCGGCUACGUUUACAUUAUCUAACAGCCGGAUUCUAGCGAGCUGAAAGGAAUUCAUAUCUGUUUUUAAACGCCUUGUACAUCGUUGUUUAACAAUAUGUAUGUGAGCUGCUGCAUUACGUUGUGUUUUCAUUUGCCAUCAUCAGAUAAAAUGAAACGUUGAAUGUU